AUGACGUCUAUAUCCGUGAACCAGUUCGGUUUCAUGCCGGGCCGCUCCACUACAGAAGCUAUCCACCUUGUCAGGAGAUUGGUGGAACACUUCAGGGAUAAGAAGAAGGACCUGCACAUGGUGUUUAUCGACUUGGAGAACGCGUACGACAAGGUCCCAAGGGAGGUGCUAUGGAGGUGUCUGGAGGCGAAGAGCGUGCCGGAAGCCUACAUCAGAGUGAUCAAGGACAUGUACGAUGGAGCUAAGACUAGGGUUAGGACGGUGGGUGGCGACUCAGACCAUUUCCCGGUGGUAAUGGGGCUUCAUCAAGGAUCUGCACUUAGCCCUCUCUUAUUUGCUUUGGUGAUGGAUGCUCUGACACGCCAUAUUCAAGGGGAUACUCUCGAGUCUAAGGGUUUUAAACUAAGCAGGUCUAAGACAGAAUACCUGGAGUGCAAGUUUAGCGCCGAGUCGAGCGAAGUAGGUCGGGACGUGAAGCUUGGAUCUCAGGUCAUCGCCAAGAGGGACAGUUUCAGAUAUCUUGGGUCGGUGAUUCAGGGGGAGGGAGAGAUCGACGGGGAUGUCACUCACCAUAAGUCAGCUAUCUUGGGACACCUUAACUCUCAUGGAUCUCAGAAUGCCCUAGCAGGUCCAGUGGAAGCAGAGGAAAAUAGGCAGAAAACAAAGAAAGAAGUGAUGGAGGAAAUUAUUCAAAAGAGUAAAUUCUUUAAGGCCCAAAAAGCAAAGGACAGAGAAGAAAAUGAUGAAUUAACUGAACAAUUGGACAAAGACUUUACAUCGCUGGUGGAGUCGAAAGCCUUAUUGUCACUGACCCAACCAGACAAGAUAAAUGCUCUGAAGGCUCUUGUGAACAAGAACAUUUCAGUUGGUAAUGUGAAGAAAGAUGAGGUAGCUGAUGUUCCCAGAAAAGCAUCUAUUGGAAAGGAAAAGCCUGACACUUAUGAGAUGCUUGUUAGUGAGAUGGCACUGGAUAUGCGUGCUCGCCCAUCAGACCGGACAAAGACUCCUGAGGAAAUUGCGCAGGAGGAGAAAGAACGUCUGGAAUUGUUGGAGCAAGAACGUCAGAAGAGAAUGGCUGCUGCUGAUGAUGAGAGUGAUGAAGAUGGAAAUGCAUCUGAUGAUAACAGUAAAUUGGUCAAAGACCCAAGAACUGUAUCUGGCGAUGAUCUUGGGGACGAUCUCGAGGAGGUGCCUAGAACUAAGUUGGGUUGGAUUGGCGAAAUUUUGAGAAGAAAAGAAAAUGAACUUGAGAGUGAAGAUGCUGCUUCUAGUGGGGAUUCGGACGAUGGUGAGGAUGAAGGAAGUGACGAUGGGGAAGAUGAAGGAAAUGAUGAUGGAGAAGAUGAAGGAAGUGAUGAGUAUGAUGAAGAGCAAGGAAAGACACAGACUAUUAAGGACUGGGAGCAAAGUGACGAUGAUAUUAUUGAUACUGAGCUAGAGGAUGAUGACGAAGGUUUUGGUGAUGAUGCUAAGAAGGUGGUGAAAAUAAAGGACCAUAAGGAGGUAUCCAUCAAGGGAAAACAAGUUGGCACUUUACAAACCGAAAAAGAAAAACGCCCAAAACCCUUGAGGAGUUUACCUCAUUGA